AUGACGAAAAAGGCGUUUUUGUUAAUCAUAGCUGCUUUUAUGAUAAAUAAAACUUUGGCAUUCCUCACAAAUGAUAAUGCUAACUUUUAGGAAUCUAGCAAAUUCAAGCUUCCUCUAACUAAGGUGACUCCUUUAAAUAAAAAGGCUUCCGCAUAAAGAGAGUAGUAAAAGUAAAAAAUGAAUAAUUCGUAUAAAGAUUUAUAAAGUAAUACAAAUAUUGCUCCUUUGGUAAAUUUAGGAGAUUCUUUGUACUACAUAACUCUAGAAUUAGGAUCAAAUAAAUAAAAACUAAAUUUUUAGAUUGAUACAGGCUCUUCUCUUUUAUGGGUAGACACAACAUUGUGUGAAAAAGGAAAAUGCAACCAUUGCGAAAAAUAUGAUUUUAAAAGCUCUACAACCAGCUAUUAUUCAAAUUAAAAUAUCAAUUAUACAUAUGUUUCUGGUUAAUUGCAGUGUUAUUUAGGAAGUGAUUUCGUUGGUAUAUCAUAAUAAAAUCAAUAAGUGAAUACUACUUUAUGUUACGCAUAUCAAGAAUAAGUUUUUUCUAACAUGAAUCAAGAGAUAUCUGGAAUCAUAGGACUUAAUAAUGGAGAUUCGUAUACAAACCUUAUUGAUAGUCUAUACUAAGCAGGAGAAAUAUCUAGUAAUAGAUAUGCCUUAUCUCUCCAACACUUUUAUACUAAUAAGGAUUCUUAUUUGUAUAUAGCAGACGCCAUUCCAGAGUCAAUUUCUAGUUAAACUACUUGGAUAAAUGUUUCCUAAAAAAAUAGAUGGACUCUCAAGUGCAUAGGAGUAUAUCUAAAUGAUACUGAAGACAUUACAUCUACAAUUAGUUCUUAUUAAGACGUUCUAUUUGAUUCUGGAACAACUUUAACUUAUUUAACUAAAGAUUUGUAUAAUAGAAUCGUGAAGGAUUUAGAAAACAUAUGCACUAUUAUUGACGACACCAGAAUUGCUUGCCCUUGCUUUAGCCCAUAACUUCCAACUUAUACCUUUUAUUUCUAAGGAGUUAAAUUUAAUUUUACUUCAAAGCAUUAUUUAAUAAAUCAGGAGUAUAAUUUUGCAUUCUGCUAGUUAGGAAUUUACUAUAUAGAUAGCUUUAAACAAAUGAUAUUUGGUGAUACUGUUUUAGUAACUAUUCCUAUUUCCUUUGAUAAAUAAGAGAAUCAAAUAGGUUUAGCAUCAUUACCAUAAAUAGAAAAUAUCAAAUCUAAUGGCUAUAGUAUUACAAUCAUUUGUCUUGCUAGUCUCUCUGCGAUUGUUUUAUUGGCAUUAAUAGUAUUCCAAUUAAAGGUCAAGAAGGCCAUGAAAAAUGCAGAUCAAAUUACAGAUCCUUUAUUGUCAAAUACAUCCUCUGCUAAUAAUAGCAAUAAAAAUAACUAAAAUAAACCUGGUCUACCAACAAACAGAAGUGAUGUAGAUAAGAGUGUAUAUGAAUGA